GUGCAGUUUGCCUUCACUGGCCAAGCGACAUGUGGCCAUUGCCCGGCUGAAGCACGCCGCAAACAUGGGCCGAAAUUCGCAUGAAGUCCGCUUUUUUGUGCUUGUGGUCACGCCGAGCAAGGAGAAAGGCACAAAGAACGCCCUGGAGACGGGUCGCACGUUUGCCACCAUAUUUGCCGACAUGGACUUUCGUCAAAAGCUGCUCGAUGUGCACGGCGAGGCCGAGUUUAAGGGCAUCCUGCUGAAGCACGCCCAAGAUUUGGCUUCGGAGCAGAGCAAUCCAACGCGUCGAAUGGGAAACCACGAGCCGGAAGCGGAAUACGAGUGUCACUUUGCACAAGGACUUUGUGAUGAUUUGCGACGACGCACUUCGCACUACUUGAGUGACUACAUUGAUGGACUGAUCGGGAGGAAGACCAUUCAGAAGACGAUAUCGACCAUCUUCUUUCUAUAUUUUGCCUGCAUCCUUCCCACUAUUGCCUUCGGUGUACUUAACAACAACAACACGGUGGGCAAAAUCGAUAUUCGCAAGGCAAUCAUCGGCCAGACCAUCGGUGGACUGUCCUUUGCGUUCCUAGGCGGCCAGCCACUGGUAAUCAUCAUGACAACGGCGCCAAUUUGUCUCUACAUUAAAGUCAUCUACAACAUCUGCGAGGACUUUCAGGUGGACUUCUACGCGAUGUACGCCUGUGUGGGCCUGUGGAACACCUUCUUCCUCAUCCUCUACGCCAUCUUCGACGUCAGCAAGCUAAUGAAAUGGUGCACUCGCUCCACCGAGGAGAUCUUCUCCCUCUUCAUCAGCAUCGCCUUUGCCGUGGACGCUGGCCGAGACGUGGUCAAGAAUUUCUACAAGCACUACUACUCGCCGGCGUGCAUCGACCAGGUGAAUCGCACCCGAGAGCGGGCCAACCUGCUGACUGACUUUCGGACGCACCUGGUUGCUCAACCACCCAGCCUGCCCUUUCCCAUCAACUCCUCCUCCUCCUUCUACCCCUCAUCCUAUCCCUAUCCCUACUCCUACCCCUCCUCCUCAUCUCCUUUCGAGCUCAGUGAUCCAAUGGGGGCGUACAAUGGCAGCCACAACGGCAGCAGUCCCUUCGGGGGCGAGCAGCUGUACGGCAGCGGCGGCAAUUGGAGUGAGAGUGGCCUUGCUGCGGGUGGAGCGCUGUACAGCGGCGCCGCCGAGUACAAUCACAGCAUGCACAGCUUCCUUGGGUCGGCGGCGCUGCCGGACCACUCGCACAACGCCAGCACACUGGCGAACAUGUUCUGGUCCAGCUCGAGCAGUGGCUUCUACAACCUCACCACGGCGGCGCUCAAUCUCAUCCUCGCCGACCUGCAGGGCACCGGCGAUGGGGUGUGCCGUCGCGAGACCAGCCUCCUCUUUCUCCUGCUCAUGCUGGGCACCGUGUGGAUGGCAGUGUCGCUCUUCAACUUCAACAAGACCCCGUACCUGCAGGCGAGCAAGCGCGAGCUGCUGGCAGACUACGCACUACCCUGUUCGGUCAUCAUUCUCAGCUUCUUAGGUUCAUUCAUCUUUCGUGAUAUUCCAGUCGAGCACUUUCGUUACGAUGAAGAGUUUGAGUUUACGAGAGCUCGUCUGGAAGAGUUGCCUUGGGCCGCGAUCGGCUCCUGUGCGGGCUUAGGCUUUUCGCUGUCGCUACUCUUUUUUAUGGACCAGAACAUUUCCGCGGCAAUGGUGAACAAUCCGUGCAAUAAGCUGAAGAAGGGCUGCGCCUACCACCUGGACCUGUUUGUGGUGGGCAUACUGAACGGUUUUCUCUCCAUGUACGGCUUCCCGUGGAUGCACGGCGUUCUGCCGCACUCGCCACUGCACGUUCGCAGUCUGGCGGACGUCGAAGAACGGGUCGACCAGGGUCAUGUUUAUGAGAUAAUCGUCAAAGUGCGCGAAACUCGGCUCACUGGGAUCGUGUCCCAUAUCCUCAUUGGCCUUUCCGUCUUUCUAAUCCCCUACCCACUGGCUUAUAUCCCGACUGCCGUGCUCAAUGGCCUUUUCCUCUACAUGGCAAUAACUUCGCUCAAUGGCAAUCAGAUGUUUGAACGCAUCACACUGCUUUUUAUGGAACAGGCCGCCUACCCGCCAAAUCACUACAUACGCCGGUGUCCACAGCGCAAGAUUCACCUCUUCACACUCUGUCAGAUGGUGCAGCUGGGCAUGAUGUGCUUCUUUGGCUUCUCGCCCUGGCCCUACAUCAAAAUGGUCUUUCCCGUCAUUGUCAUCAUGCUGCUGCCCUUUAGACACAAGAUAGUGCCCUGUGUGAUCGACAACAAGUACCUGGAAGCACUGGACGGUGAGAACCAAUGA